AUGUUACCCCGGAUUUGUGUGAAAUUCAAGCUCAAGUAUGUUCUGGCUGCGGUACUCAGUUUAUACAUGCUGCAGUUCUUCGGUGCCUUCACACAUUUCUUCGAAAAGGACUUUGAAUCCACAUUUGACUAUCCGCUGAAUGGGGAUAUCUUGUCAGAUGUGUAUCAACUGCGUCAUGGACAGCAGCCGGCACGCCAGCCGAUUAAUCGGUACAACUAUUCCUACAUCUCUGAUUGCGAACACAAAUGCAAGGAAGAUGAUCGGUUGAUCGCCCCGCGUUUGGUGUUCAUCGUAAAAUCGGCCAUGGAACACUUCGAUCGAAGAGCCGCGAUCCGUAAAAGUUGGGGCUAUGAACGCCGCUUUUCAGAUGUCAAGAUACGGACCGUGUUUGUGUUGGGGCGAUCACACAUCGUUCCGAAUCGUCGUCUGCAGUCGCUGGUGGAUCUCGAAUACAGUACCUACCGGGACAUCAUCCAGGCAGAUUUUGUAGAUGACUACUUCAACAACACGAUCAAAACAAUGAUGGGCUUCCGGUGGGCCGUAAGUUACUGUCCACGAGCAAAGUUUUACAUGUUCGCAGACGACGAUUACUACGUUUCGGCUAAAAAUCUCCUACGCUACGUACGAAAUCCAGUCAACUACCCUGAGUAUCUCGAGGAAACUGACGAAGCCCUUCGAAAGCUAGCACGGAGGCUAGCCCAAACAACGGAUAAUAAUAGUAAUAAUGAGACGGGUGUGGUCGUGCCCGUAUUACCACCGAAAAAUCGCACCAAACGGCAGCUAAUGACGGAGAUGGAACUACCCCCCAAUGUGAAACUUUUUUCGGGAUUUGUGUUUCGUUCGGCACCUCAUAGACAUCGCAGCAGUAAGUGGUACGUUUCGUUGGAAGAGUAUCCGUGGGAUAUGUGGCCGACGUAUGUUACUGCGGGCGCUUUUUUGCUUUCGCAUGAGGCGCUCUUUGAAAUGUACUAUGUUAGCAUGUACACGAAACAUUUUCGUUUCGAUGACAUCUUUUUAGGAAUUGUUGCAAUGAAGGCUGGAAUUGAACCGCUCCAUUCGGAGGAAUUCUAUUUUCACAAAGCUCCCUAUCUCGGCCCGCAGAGUUAUAAGUAUGUCCUGGCAACCCAUGGAUAUGAUGAACAAGCUGAACUGACCAAAGUGUGGAAUGAAAUACGAGCUUCCGGUUAUGCUUAGAAUGACCUUAAUGGAACAAAUGUGUGAGUUGACUUAAAGAGGUUGUGGAGCUGUACUCCUAGUCACGGAUCAAAACAGUUGGGCCCAGAAAGCUGGGAAUCAGUUUAAAAUCGUAAUAAAACCUCGUUAAGUAAGAAGAUGAAGAUGAAAUAGCAGAACAGUUUAACUUCCGGCGGGCAAGCAUAUAGAGGCUGUAACCACAAGGGUUCGAAGUGCAGAUGUUUUUUCAACUUUAUACGUACGCAGUAGGGAAUCGUUACCAGUUACUUUCUGAUCAGGCCAGCGGUUUUAUCACUUUUAAAACUUUUCCCACCUUAAGAAAAAAGGGGUCCAAAACUACAGUGGCAUUCGCAUUGUCAUUGACGCGAAUGCCGCCCCUUUUUCCACCUUGAUCCCAACCAAUAUCGAGUUUAGACUACAGUGAAUCAUGAGGAAAAAAUUAACGUAGAUGUGUUUUUUAUCGAUCCGUAUAGAACUCGCAAUUUAUCAUCGUAGAAACUACAAACCAUAAGUUCUUUAUUAGAGCGUUCAAAUCACAUGGUCUAAGUACUACAUUAAAUAGUAGACAACGAACAGUAGGAACGUAAUACCGUCAUUUUU